CUCCUCAGUCCGCACUACCAUGUCUGCAUUUUGUAUUUUUUAGGAAAUAAGCAAUCUUGGUUUUUUCAGUUUCGCUCAUUUUUUACAGUUGAUUGGUUUGAGAAAUUUCAGAAUUUUUAGAGCUUCAGUUCAGCAACCCCACUUCAUUAUACUGCAUUUUCUGUUGCUUUUAUUUGUUCCCCGUUUGCGAAUUGGCCGCACAGUGUAGUCUCUGCAGCUGCUACGCAGAACAGUAGCCUGCAGUUAUGGCGCAGAUUUCAUCUUCAUCUGCCAGUUCUGAGCGUCGUGGUUCUCUCCAGCUACUGUCCAGUCGUUGGAAGAGUCUUCUAUCCAACAGAGAGCUGACGGAUGUGGAAUUCGCCGUGGGACGCCAGUGUGGCGCAGUGAAGACGUUCCGCGCACACAAGUUAGUGCUGAGCGUCAGCAGCGACGUCUUCCAGGCCAUGUUCGACGGGAGCUGGGCCGAGCGCUGUGCCAGUGUCAUCCAGAUCCCCGAGAUCCCUCCAGACGCGUUCGCCAACAUGCUCAGUUACAUGUACACGGAUACGAUGGAGCAUCUCGCAGCGGAGAACGCGGUGCAGACACUGUACUGCGCUGACAAGUACGAUUUGCCCUGGCUGGCCGAGCUGUGCACGAAUUUUAUCCUGGAUCAUCUGACGGCGUACAACUGUUUGAUUUACUUGGAACAUGCGCUCCGCUGGACUCCGCCGUGUGAUGCCGUGCUGGAGAAAUGCUGGGACAUUGUGGAUGCAUCCAGCGCUAUUGUCUUGCAGUCGGAGCAUCUCCCCGCCCUGGACCGGAGCACGCUGGAGAUGAUUCUGCGGCGCAACACUCUGUCGGCGGACGAGAACACCAUUUGCACGGCGGUCGACAAGUGGGCGACGGCGGCGUGUGCGCGCAACAAUCUGGACGCGUCGGCCGCGAACCGGCGUCAGAUGCUGGGCGAUGCCCUGCUCCUCCUCCGCUUUCCCCUGCUGACCGACGCCGCACUGGCGGAUGGUCCCGUUCAGAGCGAACUGUUGACCCCGGCGGAACGGGAUGACAUCCACCGUUACAAUCACGCCUCCCCCCACCGGAAGCCGCCGCUACCCUUCCGCAGCGAUCCCCGCCGGUAUGCCGCGCAGAUCACCAGCCAGUCCGUCUUCAAGCUGUACGAGAAGGUCUUCGUCAAAGGCGCCGCGGGCGGCUGGUAUCCGGCGCAGGUGCUCGGUGACCGGCAGCUGAACGGCACGUCCCGCGUGCCCCUCGAGUGGUACUCGCGGAUGAUGCAGGAAAAGACGGCGGAAGUGUCGGACGUUAUCCAGGCGGCGGACAUCCUCCGACGAGGGCGGCGCGUGGACGUCUUCGACGGGGAGGUGUUUGUGGAGGGGAUGUAUGUGGUGCGACGGGCCGGCUGGCACAUCGUCAUCCUGGAUGGAAAGGAGCGCAGCGUGGAGUUAGCCGAUUUGAUUAUCUCGGAUAAGGAGGUCGGUGUGGAAAGCAGAGAAGGCGGCUGCUUAAUAACGGAUUGCAUACCGCUGCUGCGUGAUAUUCCGUUCUUAUUGCUUUUAUUGCCAUUUGUAAAUUGUAUUUCUAUACUUGAAGUAUGCUGUGAGAUUUUUUUAUGGAGCUGCUGUAUUUGUUUUUUUCCUAUGACAUUUUAUUCUGUGUGUUACCGUGUACGUGAAAAGCUGCCGCUUAUUAUCGGUCGGUUUUUUGGCUUUAUUUUUUUAUUUUUUUAUAUUGGAGCUGCAGUAGAUUUUUUUAUGCUCUGCUGAAUAUACCUACUUGUAAACAGUGAUUAAAGUUCAG